AUGGAGCUGUAUAGGGAGAAAUUGUUGGAGUGUACACACAGUUUAAUCAACGUCUGCCACUACAGUUACAUCACCAGCUUCAAACCAAACCGAGAGGAGGAAUGUGAGGAUCAUUACGAGAAGAUUUGCAAUAUCGUCUUCGUUCCACAGGCAUCGGAUGAGAUUAUAGAGCACUGUUAUAAACCAAUGGUGAAGAACUGCAACAACGUGGAACCAGAUGCCGAAGAUGAAAUCUGUAAGGACAUGCACGAAACAGAGUGUAGCACAAGGUAUGAGAAGAAAGGGGAUAAGUUUGUAGCGAAUACUGAGUGCAAGAAAAUCCCUUUAACUUUAUGCGGAUCCAGAUCAUGUCGGUUUGAGGAAGGAGAAGAGGAGUGCCACAAUAAAACCACAGCUUCUAUAUCUACAGUUCCCGAGGAAUCCUGCGACCUUGUACCCCAGAAGACGUGUAAAGGAGUUUAUAAACUAGUUCCUUUCCUACAACCAACUCAUCAGUGCAAAGACGUACCAAGAGAGAUUUGUACAUUUGGUAUUCUCUCCUCUAAACUAGGAACUGCUCCUCUAGACUAA